ACCACAGGACAUUUUGAAGUGACAUCACUCGAAAAACAAUUUUCAAAACAAAACAACUGGUAAUUAGUUGAUAGCCUUUGAAGUUUGGUGAUAGGUGAUAACCUUAGCUCCUUCGCCAGCUCUAUCUGAAUUCAUGAAACAACAGAACUCAACCUUACUCACUUUCCCUUACUUAUCUUCAGAGACAUUAGAGUUUGACCAGGCUACUGGAAAUAACACCACAAACCACUGCAGAGGCCAGCCCAUACUACAAGAUCAUUAAACACAGGCUUGCACUAUGAAGGUCACAGGCAUCACAGCCUCACUUUGGCUUCUCUCCAUGCUAUUACCGGACAAGAGUCAGACUUCUACCACAGAAAUUAAAUGUAAUUUCACUGAAAAGAAAUACUAUUUGAUUCCAGCGAAUAUCAAUAAAGAUGUUACUAUACUUGACCUCAGUUAUAACCAAAUUACUCUCAAUGUUACAGACACAAAGGUUCUACAGCAGUAUUCCUCACUCAGUGAGCUCUAUUUAAUUGGGAAUAAAGUUACUAUCUUAUAUAAGAAUAGCUUCCACAGCCUUUCCAAUCUAGAAAUUUUAAAUAUCUGUAACAACUCCAUCUCUGUAAUUCAACAAGAUGCAUUUAUAGGUUUACAUAAACUCAAAGAGUUACAUGUCUGCCAAAAUCACAUAUCACAACUGAAUCCUGAUGUGUUUGUGCCUCUAAAAAACCUAAAAUUUCUAAAUCUACAAGGUAAUUCAAUAAGCUAUUUGGAUGUACCACAAUUAUUUCAUUUGGAAUUAAUAAUUUUAUAUGGAAAUCCAUGGAACUGCUCCUGUAGUCUGUACAAUUUACAGAGAUGGUUGAAUACAUCAAAUGUGACACUAGAGAAUGAGAACAUGACCACGUGUAACUAUCCUGAUACCCAACAGAAGUACAAUAUCAAAACAGCACCUUAUGCAGCUGAAUGUACCUCAAUAUUCACUUCACCUGUAAUGGGAGAUCCUGACCUUUAUUUUCAAUUCAUCACCAAUAAUGGUUCUCUGAACAACUUAACAGGAAAUUCAGAACAUGAACCUCUUGGAAAAAGUUGGGCUUUUCUUGUCGGUGUUGUUAUCACCGUACUCAUUACUUCGUUCCUUAUAUAUAUGGCUAUCAAGUGCCCCGUAUGGUACAACCUUCUGGUCAGUUACAACCAUCACCGCCUGGAAGAACACGAAGCAGAAACCUACGAAGAUGGUUCUACCGCAAACCCAACUUCUCUUUCAGAGAUACCAGAUGCAAACCCUGCAGAUACUACAGUAAUAUUUGAACAAUUACAUUCAUUCGUCAUAGAUGAUGAUGGGUUUAUUGAAGACAAGUAUAUAGAUACCCAUGAAAUACGCGAAGAAAAUUAA